AUCAUGUCACUUUUCAGUGCGUCAAGUAACUUCUCUCGAAGUGAUGCUCCAGCUCUACGGUUGUAUCGACAGAGCGAGAGCUCUGAUGAUGACGAUAAAAGGGUGAAAAGAAGAGAAAAGAACCGAGUUGCUGCACAGAGAAGCCGCAAAAGACAAACGCAACGAGCUGAUGAGUUACACGAGGCGUACGAAUGUCUGGAACAGGAGAACAGCCUGCUGAGGAAGGAAGUUCAGCUUUUGAUAGAGGAACAGCAACGCUUGACAGAUGCCCUCAAAGCCCAUGAGCCAUUGUGCCGUAUCUUAACCUGUGGUAUGACCCCAAUAACCAGGUCCACAGGCACAGUGCCACCUGAGUUUACGUCUAGAUAGAGACUCACAUAUGAUGCUCAUGAUGUCUGAAUGUACAUUUUAAUUACACGUUUGCUUAACUUAAAAUGCUUAUCAGCAGUGUUACAUUUUUAUACAAAUUUUUGUAUUCAAUGCAAAAUAUAAUACAUACAGUAAACUUUUUCUUUUGUGA